UUUUAUAUUUUCACUUUUCAGAUUUAUAAUUUCUAGACAUUAUUAAACAAAUGCAGAAUUAAGUCCUGUCAUGGUUGCCACCAAAAACAGAAAGGUUGGUCCGAAUGGGACGCUGACAAGGAGAAAAAGAUCCACACCGAUGGUGUCGACAUCUUCUGAUACCGGUCAACCGGCGGUAACUAACCAAUCUUCUGAUACCAGAAUGUCAGCUGAUUCAAGCCAAGCAUCAGAAACUGAUACUAGUCAACCUACCGAAACAUCUCAAACAGUAGGAAGCAAACCGUCCGAAAGUUCUGGAAACAGUACUCUAGCUGAAAUCUCUGAAAGUGACCCCACUGAUGUUAUAGAUGAUAAGGCCUCCGAGUCUGAAAUUGUUGAUCUUGAAGCUGUCGAAACUGUUGAUUUGGACGCCUCUGAAAUUGUUGACCUUGAUGCCUCUGAAACUGUUGACCUUGAAACCUCCGAAGCUGGAAAUAUUGAUCUUGAUGCCUCCGAGGUCAUUGAUAUAUGUAGUACCCAAGGAAGCCUGGGUUUGAACUCCCCGAGGUCUAGGCUGAAUGAUCUUGAUAACCUGGAGGACGACGAGGACGAGGAGAUGUUGGAGUUGAAUAGAAGCCUCGAUGCUGACUGUUUACUAAGUCUAGAUCACGAUGAAUCUGAUAUUAUUAGAGCUGAUGUAGAAGCUAAUGAACUGGUUCAGCUGAGCAGUUUAACUUCAGAUGUGAUCAUCCCAAGUAUAGAAACCAACACCAGUAUUAUUGAUAUAGUUGAUUAUAACGACGAGAUUGAGAAUGAGAUAGAACUAUCUAGUGAUGAAGAAGAAGAGCAGGAGGAGGGAGAGAUCAGCUUGGUUUGCUUAAAGCGACCUCUUCCCGUUGAAACCACUGUGGAGUGUCUAGAGAUACUAGAUUCUGACGAAGAGUUCCCUGUCUGCUUGGGUCCCCCUGCUCAUAUUGAUACCGUAAAUAUAGAAGAGAAAAAGGGAACUAUCAAGGAGUAUAUUGAGAAUGAAGGACUAGGAAUUAUACACUCAGAGUUUGGUUUGGUUCUGUUCCAUCUUGAGAACGUGUGGGUUAAUGGAGAGAAAUAUGCCAGGACAAAAACAAGGAAACUAUUACCGGUGGGAACAAUCAUUUCCUUCUAUGAUAGAGAUUAUGAAGGCCCCGAGUACAGAAUACUGACUAAAGAGGAGGUUUUACUUCAAGCUGUUGUUAUCUGGGCAGGUCCAAGACCCAAGCAUUUGAUGAAAAUAGUUGAUAAUCUAGAUCAGACAUUUUGGGAUACUCUUGAAGAGCACAGGAAAACUUUUCUUCUGUAUCUUAGGGGCGAGGUUUUCUUACCGCUGUCGUUUGUCAGAAUAAAGGGAACUGUAAAGGGAUAUUUGAACCAAGAGAUUGGAAUUAUCGAGAUAGUUGAUGAGGAAAGAGUGAGACAGAAUGUUGUUUUCCAUUCAGAUGAUGUUUGGAUAUUCAGGUUUAUUUUAAGAACAUGAGACCUAAUUUCAACUGACC